CAUCAGAAAUACCUUUAAUGCCUCGGGCGUUUUUGCAUCUUUAAUGCCAUAUGGGGGCGUUAAACACAACACCGCCCCCAUGGCCGUUACAAGGGCUUUAUCACUUGCGCAUUAAACUUUUAACCAAGAAGGAAUUAUGAAUCACUUCUGGUGGAGCAACAAAGGCUCAGGCCCAUCUGGAAUUCACUGGCUUUCAUGGCAGCGUAUGUCAACGCCAAAAAAUUUGGUGGCCUAGGCUUCAGGAGGAUUCAGGACUUCAAUGUCGCUAUGAUUGGAAAACAAGGUUGGAGACUGAUUAUCAACCCGGAUUCCUUGGUGGCGAGAGUCUUUAAGGCGAGGUACUACUCAAAAGGGGACUUCCUAAACGCGGGGCUUGGCUCAUCACCGAGUUUUGUGUGGCGGAGCAUUUUAGAAGGCCGAAAUCUUAUCAUUAAUGGCAUAGGUCGAUGGAUUGGGGACGGACGAGAUACUCUAAUUUGGGAUACUCCUUGGAUUUGGGACAAGGACAACCCGUUUAUUACGUCUUCAAAACUCCCUUUUUGUCCAAACUUUAGAGUUUCCUAUCUAAUUGAUCCGGAAACUAAUGCAUGGAAAAUGGAUGUGGUGCGAGAAUGGUUCUCAACCGAAGAUGCAAUCCGAAUUCAACGUACUCCGGUGUCUCUCUCUCGCAAGGACUGUUGGUAUUGGAGGGUGGAAGCACAUGGAAAUUACAGAGUGAAGAGUGCUUAUAGGAGGCUAUGCGGGGAAGCAUCGCAGUUAGAGAGUUUCGGCCAGUGGAAUCGACUUUGGGGACUGCCCAUCAUACCAAAGGUAAAAAAUUGUGUGUGGAGGUGCUUAAGGGGUGUCUUACCUACGGCUAUAGCUCUUAGAGACAAGGAGGUUGAUAUUGAGCCUAACUACCGCAUCUGUGGGGCACCGGAAGAAUCAGUGGAGCAUGUUUUCCUUUCCUGUCCUUUUGCUCAGGCUACUUGGAGACUCCUACACAGAGAGAUCGCCACAUGUAAGGACGAGAACUUUAAUAAUUGCUUGGCGACUGUUUUUGGAUCGGCGUCGGUUGUCGAUGGAGCAGUGAUGGUUGCGGGUAUUUGGGCUAUCUGGAAAGCCCAAAAUCAGGCCUGCUGGGAACUCAAGGUGGUCAGACCGGAGGUUGCUGCUGAUUGGGCACGAGAAGAUGGUUUUACAUCAGUGGCGGCAGUCCUUCUUGAUGGGGCAGGCACGUUCAUCGGUGGCUUCAACAAGCUUGUCACCUGUCCCUUAGUGCCGAGUAAAAACUACCUCGGCUCUGCACCCGAUCAGGCUUUCACCGUUUCACGCUUUCGUCCUUCAUUUAGUCAGACGACCAGUGGCAGCGAGCACCGAACAUCCAUCCAUCCCCUCUUCGUUCCAAUUUUCUUGUGGAGUUUCAGAAUGGAAGGGCUUCUUGUGGAAAAGCAUAUAAAGUACAUCUUAUCAGCUAAAGAGAGUAAAGAUGAAUUUGAGUCUGUGGUGAUGGAGCAUCUUAGGUUAAAUGGAGCAUACUGGGGUUUGACGACUCUUGAUAUCCUUGGGAAGAUUAAUGCAGUGGAUCAAGUCGAAGUCAUUCCCUGGGUUUUGCAGUGUCAACAUGAAUCCGGUGGAUUUAGCGGUAACAUUGGACAUGAUCCACAUAUCUUGUAUACACUUAGUGCCAUCCAAGUCUUAGCAUUAUUUGAUAAACUUGACGUCCUUGACAUUGACAAGGUCUCCAACUAUAUUGCAGGCCUGCAAAAUGAAGAUGGGUCAUUUUCUGGUGACAUGUGGGGUGAAGUUGAUACAAGGUUCUCUUACGUAGCAAUAAGUUCUCUUGCUCUAUUGCGAAAGUUGGAUAACAUCGAUGUGGAAAAAGCUGUACAGUACAUUUUAAGUUGCAAGAAUGUGGAUGGUGGAUUUGGUUGCACGCCUGGGGCAGAAUCUCAUGCUGGGCAGAUUUUCUGCUGUGUGGGAGCACUUGCAAUAACAGGCUCUUUGCAUCAGGUUGACAAAGACCUCCUUGGCUGGUGGUUAUGUGAAAGACAAGUUAAAUGUGGGGGUCUAAAUGGGCGCCCCGAGAAGCUUCCUGAUGUCUGCUAUUCUUGGUGGGUUCUUUCAAGCUUGAUUAUGAUAGACCGUGUUCACUGGAUUGAUAAGGAGAAGCUUGUACAAUUUAUCUUGGACUGUCAGGAUAGAGAAAAUGGUGGGAUUUCGGACAGGCCAGAUGAUGCAGUUGAUGUCUUCCAUACAUAUUUUGGAGUUGCUGGGCUCUCUCUUUUGGAAUACCCAGGACUAAAAGCGAUAGAUCCUGCUUAUGCCUUACCCGUCGAUGUUGUGAACCGAAUCAUCUUUGGCAAGUAAUCGGCUGGUUUUAAACGUGCUUCCAGUCCCAUCCAUUUUCACCAAAUUUUUAAAAUAUAUAAAGUUUUAGUACAGCAAGGUCGAUGAUAUUAUUCUCUUAAGGGAUUCGCUAUCUAUCAUGAUUUUAGCAUUUUAUAAAUUAGUUUGCACAGGCUGUGUCCCAAGAGAGUUCUACUACUCCGUAAUUGAUACACCUCUUGUUUUUUCGAAUCCUUAUGCAAAUCAUGCGGUUUACAUCACCAACUCUUAAGUACCACAUGUAAUUACAUUUAGCAUCUCCGGUACAUAUCAUUUUUGAAUCAUUUUAGAUAGUUAAAUGUAAUAUCAAAGCCAACUAUUAUUAAUACAAAUAAUGUCACAAU